GACAGCGGCUACGGGGCGGCCGGGGAGCAUGCCCGCGCAGCCCCGCUGAAUGGCGCCUUGUCUGCGACCCCUCGCCCGGCUGCGGCCGCCCGGGAUGCUGCUCCGCGCGCUCCAGCUCCUGCUGCUCCUCGGCUCAGGUCCAGGAGUGUGGUGCUUUAGCGAACUGUUUUUUAUAAAAGAACCACAGGAUGUAACUGUCACGAGAAAGGACCCAGUCAUUUUAGAUUGCCAGGCUCAUGGAGAAGUUCCUAUUAAGGUCACAUGGUUGAAAAAUGGAGCAAAAGUGUCUGAAAAUAAACGGAUCCAGGUUCUGUCUAAUGGCUCUUUAUACAUCAGUGAAGCGGAAGGCAAGCGAGGAGAGCAGUCUGAUGAAGGAUUUUAUCAGUGCUUGGCAAUGAACAAAUAUGGAGCCAUUCUUAGUCAAAAAGCGCAUCUUACCUUGUCAACUAUUUCUGCAUUUGAAGUUCAGCCAAUUUCUACUGAGGUGCAAGAAGGUGGAGUUGCUAGAUUUGCAUGCAAGAUUUCCUCAAACCCUCCUGCAGUCAUAACAUGGGAAUUAAAUCGGACAACUCUACCUGUAACUAUGGACAGGAUAACUGCCCUACCAACAGGAGUAUUGCAGAUCUAUGAUGUUGGCCAAAGGGAUGCUGGGAAUUAUCGUUGUGUUGCUGCUACUGUAGCCCACAGACGUAAAAGUAUGGAAGCCUCUCUAACAGUGAUUCCAGCUGAAGAGUCUAAUUCCUUCUACACACCAACCAUUAUAGCAGGCCCACAGAACAUAACAACAUCUCUUCAUCAGACAGUUGUUUUAGAAUGCGUGGCCACGGGAAAUCCCAAACCAAUCAUUUCUUGGAGCCGCCUUGAUCACAAGUCCAUUGAUGUCUUUAACACUCGGGUACUGGGAAAUGGUAAUCUCAUGAUAUCUGAUGUCAAGCUGCAACACGCUGGAGUGUAUGUUUGUCGGGCGACAACCCCAGGCACGCGCAACUUUACAGUUGCCAUGGCAACCUUAACUGUCUUAGCUCCUCCUUCAUUUGUUGAAUGGCCAGAAAGUUUAACAAGGCCUCGAGCUGGUACUGCUCGAUUUGUGUGUCAAGCAGAAGGAAUCCCCUCACCCAAAAUGUCAUGGUUGAAAAAUGGGAGGAAGAUACAUUCAAAUGGGAGAAUUAAAAUGUACAACAGUAAAUUGGUAAUUAACCAGAUUAUUCCUGAAGAUGAUGGUAUUUAUCAGUGCAUGGCUGAGAACAGCCAAGGAUCUAUUUUAUCUAGAGCCAGACUGACCGUAGUAAUGUCAGAAGACAGACCCAGUGCUCCCUACAACGUGCAUGCUGAAACCAUGUCAAGUUCAGCAAUCCUUUUAGCUUGGGAGAGGCCACUUUAUAAUUCAGACAAAGUCAUUGCUUAUUCUGUGCACUAUAUGAAAGCAGAAGGUUUAAAUAAUGAAGAGUAUCAAGUUGUCAUCGGAAAUGACACAACUCAUUAUAUUAUUGAUGACUUAGAACCUGCUAGCAAUUAUACUUUCUACAUUGUGGCAUAUAUGCCAAUGGGAGCCAGCCAGAUGUCUGACCAUGUGACACAGAAUACUUUAGAGGAUGUUCCCUUGAGACCUCCUGAAAUUAGUUUGACGAGUCGAAGUCCCACCGAUAUCCUCAUCUCCUGGCUGCCGAUCCCAGCCAAAUACCGGCGGGGCCAGGUGGUCCUCUAUCGCCUGUCCUUCCGCCUGAGUACUGAGACUUCCAUCCAAGUUCUGGAGCUCCCGGGAACCACACACGAGUACCUUCUGGAGGGCCUGAAACCAGACAGUGUCUACCUGGUGCGGAUUACUGCUGCCACCAGAGUGGGGCUAGGAGAGUCAUCAGUGUGGACCUCACAUAGGACACCCAAAGCUACAAGUGUGAAAGCCCCUAAGUCUCCAGAGUUACAUUUGGAGCCUCUGAACUGUACCACCAUUUCUGUGAAGUGGCAGCAAGAUGCUGAGGACACAGCAACCAUUCAGGGCUACAAGCUGUACUACAAAGAAGAAGGGCAGCAGGAAAAUGGACCCAUUUUCUUAGAUACCGGUGACCUUCUCUACACUCUCAGUGGUUUAGACCCCAGAAGAAAGUAUCACGUGAGGCUGCUGGCUUACAACAACGUAGAAGAUGGCUAUCAGGCGGAUCAGACUGUCAGCACUCCGGGAUGCGUGUCUGUCCGUGAUCGCAUGGUUCCUCCACCACCACCACCCCACCAUCUCUAUGCGAAGGCUAACUCUUCAUCUUCCAUCUUCCUGCACUGGAGGAGGCCUGCGUUCACCACUGCACAAAUAAUUAACUACACCAUCCGCUGUAACCCUGUUGGCCUGCAGAAUGCUUCUUUGGUCCUGUACCUUCAAACAUCAGAAACUCACAUGUUGGUUCAAGGUCUAGAACCAAACACCAAAUAUGAAUUUGCUGUACGACUGCAUGUGGAUCAGCUUUCUAGCCCCUGGAGCCCCGUUGUCUACCAUUCGACCCUUCCAGAAGCACCGGCAGGCCCACCGGUUGGAGUAAAGGUGACAUUGAUAGAAGAUGACACUGCUCUGGUUUCUUGGAAACCUCCUGAUGGUCCAGAGACCGUGGUGACGCGCUAUACCAUCUUGUACGCGUCCAGGAAGGCCUGGAUUGCAGGAGAGUGGCAGGUCCUACACCGAGAAGGAGCAAUCACCAUGGCUUUGUUAGAAAACCUGGUGGCAGGAAACGUGUACAUUGUCAAGAUAUCUGCAUCCAAUGAGGUGGGAGAAGGACCCUUUUCAAACUCGGUGGAGCUGGCAGUCCUUCCGAAGGAAACCCCUGAUUCUAAUCAGAGGCCCAAGCGUUUGGAUUCUGCCGAUGCCCAAGUUUAUUCAGGCUAUUACCAUCUGGACCAAAAAUCAAUGACUGGCAUUGCUGUAGGCGUUGGUAUAGCCUUGACCUGCAUCCUCAUCUGUGUUCUCAUCUUGAUAUACCGAAGUAAAGCCAGGAAAUCAUCUGCUUCCAAGACGGCACAGAAUGGAACUCCACAGUUACCUCGCACUAGUACCUCCCUAGCCGGUGGGAGUGAAGCCGGAAAGAACCUGGGAGGAGCUGGAGAAAAUGAAGAAUCCUUAAUGCCAAUGAUAAUGCCAAACAGCUUCAUCGAUGCAAAGGGAGGAACUGACCUGAUAAUUAAUAGCUAUGGCCCUAUAAUUAAAAACAACUCUAAGAAAAAAUGGCUUUUUUUCCAAGAUUCUAAGAAGAUAAAAGUUGAGCAGCCUCAAAGAAGAUUUGCUCAAGCGGUGUGCUUUUACCAGCCAGGCACUACUGUGUUGAUCAGUGAUGAAGACUCUCCCAGCUCCCCGGGUCAGAGAGCCAGCUUCCCAAGACCCUUUGGUGGUGUUGCAGCUGAUACUGAGCACUCAGCCAAUAGUGAAGGCAGCCACGAGACGGGGGAUUCUGGAAGGUUCUCCCAUGAGUCCAAUGACGAGAUACACCUGUCCUCAGUCAUAAGCACCACACCCCCAACUUCCAGUUCCUUCACUGGCAGUGAGUCAGGUGGGGAUCCCUCCUUGAGGAAGCGUGAGGACCCAGCAGUGCCGCUGGAUGCCGAGCAAACUUCCUCCUCAGUUUUGCAGCCGCCGUCCGCCAUGCUGCUCUUUGAUAAAAAUGAUUUUCCAAUCUAGAGAGCCAUGUUCAGGUAUUGCCACCUUUAAGUCUGUUCGAAGGACAAUGAACAGGGAGCCAAAGCCUUUUGUGAAAAUCUUGGUGUCUUAUUGGGUAUUUCAGCUUUUUUUUUUUUUUUUGGAAUGUAUUUUGUUUUUUUAUGUUUAAACUCAUGUAUUUUGAAUGUGUCAUUGUCAGCAAUGUGAAGAGACAGUCAAGAUAUUUGACUGGAUUAUAAAAUAUAUCACUGGAGCAAAGGGAAGACUUUGGAAAGCCCCUUUGCUGACUAUCUACCUCAGUUUGCCAGGUGGCGAACUCAGAAGAGACAACUUUGUUACCUCAUUUAUUGUGGUAGUUUAUCUCCGCUCCAUAACCAAUGAUACUUCCUAGUAGCAUUUUGUUUUCAUUGCUGUAUGUGUAGUGCGUGUGAUCAAGGGAGUCAUAUAGGUAUAUGAGUAAGAAGGUUUAUCUGAAGCUCUGAUUUUUUU